AUGGAAUGCAACAUUUUGGAAGACGAUGCCUAUAACAUUAGGACACCGAACAUAAUAAAUAAAGAAAGUUCUACUGAAAAAAAUUAUUCCGAAGACGACAAAAACACGUCUUGUUAUGUUAGUUAUUCAUCAGUAGGUGACGAUGGAUAUUUAGAUGUAGAAUAUGAAAAUAAUCAAAACCCCAAAGAUUCUCAAACAUUUAAUUACAAUGACCGUGUAUAUAAUAAUAAAAAAAACACCAAUACCAAAAGUAAUAACUAUGCCCGUGGUAAAAAUACACCUAAUUAUAGUAACGGAGUAAACUACAAUACUAAUAUAAAUGGUGAUAACAAUGGCACAAAUAAUUUUGUGAAUAAUCCGAAUAAUCAAGUUAAUUGUAAUUCCUUGAUGAAUUUUUAUUCGAAUGAAAGUGGAUGUUUAAAUAAUGAAAAUAAUAAUGCUAAAUCAUGUGAUGAAGAUAUUUUAAAAGAUCAGAAAAAUUCCAUCGACAACAAUCAAAAUCAUGAUGAUUACAAAAAUACAAAUUUAAAUCAACAUAAUAAAGAUAACGUUACAACAUCUAAUAAUAAUUUAAAUGCACGUUCUAAAAAAAAUAAUGAAAAAAAAAACACUGAUGGCAAUUUUCUUAGUGUAUUAACCAGAUUUAAAAAAAGCAUAAAAGAUAAUGUUAUUGGAAAAAAUAUGUGGAAUAAUCCAAAUACAGAUAAUAAAUAUACAGAUGAAGAUAGUUCAAAAAAUUGUAUGAAUUUACAAGAAAAUAUUUCACAAGUUGAUAAAAAUGCUGAAGAAUAUAAUCCAUCAAAUAGUUCUAACAUUUCUGAUGGUAAUAAUUUAAAUUAUGUACAACAUGAACAAAAUACAAAAGAAAAUAAAAAUGAAAAUUCAAUUUUGAAAAUUAAUCAAAAUGAUUUUAAUAAUUUAAAUAUAUCCAAUCAAAAAUAUUUAUAUAAUUCUACUUCAAAUCUAAUUUUUUAUGAAAAAAAUAUGAGCAAUAACAAAAUUACAUCAAUUGAUUGUGAUACUAAAUUGAGUCCAACUAGUAAACAAAUAUUGUAUAACAAAAUAAAUGAAUAUAAAAAAAAUAAUGAAUCAAAAUCCGAAUCUAAUAGUAUUAUUCAAUGUAAUAAUUUCAAAAUUUUGACAGAGGAACAAAACUACAACGAUGUAAAUUAUAAUUAUAUUCUCAAAAAUAAAAGCGAAGACAAUUUUGAAUCAAUUGAUAUUCCUUUCUCUGAUGAGAAAGAUUAUUUCACCAGAAAAAAUGAUGCUAAUUAUAUACGAGAAAAUCAAUAUAAAAAUAGCAAUAUCCAUAUAUCACAAAACUAUAUGGAAUGCUACCAAAAUCAUAGUAGUAAAGAUGAUUAUGAAACAGACCAAGAUAAUUUUUUAAACAAAUAUUAUAAUGGUGAACUUAAUAGAAAAGCAAAUGUUUUAAGUGAUGAUAAUUUAUUAAAAUUGUUGUUACACUAUAGGAAAAAUAAAGGAUUUAAAUCACCUGGAAUGGAAGAUAAAAUCAUUGAAAACUUAAUUAAUUAUAAAAAGAAUAAGCCAAACAAUUCUUUAGAAAAAAAUUUAAUAAAUAUAUGUUCUAAAUGUAUAGACGAAAUGCAAUUAUCAAAUUAUCCAUUUUUAUGUUUUGAAUGUCUUAUUAAACAAAUUAACAUGAGAAAACAAAAACAAAAACAAGAUGAUAUUUGUGAACCAGAAAAUGUGAAUGAUGAGUUAAAAAGUAUUAAUACAUAUAUUAUUAAUUUUUUUAAACAAGUUGAUAAAUUAAAAUUGAAAUUCAAAAUGGAUGAUGAAGAAAUCGUAUUUAUGUUUAGUGAAUUAAGAAAAUGUAAUUUAUGGAAAUCAGAAAAAAAUGUGUGUAAAAUUUUUAUUAACAUUUUUAAAAAUAAUAUUGUUGAAAAUAAUGAUUUGCUUGAAAGCAAAUUUUUGAAAAAAUUUUUUAAAGAAAAUUAUGAAAAUUUUUUAAAUAAUACUGAUAAAGAACAAUUGGAAUACAUUCUCAACAACGGAGAUAUUACCUACGAUAGUGAUUAUAAAGCUAUAGUUGAUAAUUUUUCCAAAUUUAAUAAAACAAAAAAAGUAAAAAAAAUAUUUUGUAGUGAUAAUGAGACAGAUAUAGAUACAGGUGUUGACCAAUGUAAGGAAAGCGACUUUAAAGAUGAAGAAAAUUUAAAUGUAUCUAAUCACAAUUAUAACGAAGAAAAAUGUAAAAAUACUAAAUAUAUGUUUAUUAAUUAUUUAAAAAAAGGAAAAAAUAUUUCACAUCAUAUAAUCAUGUGCAAUAGUGAUACAAUUUUAAAUAAAAAAAAACAGGUUAUUAAACAUAUACAUAAAAUAAAAUAUAUUUGCAAAUAUUUUUUAAAAAUUGAAAAUCACUAUUAUUAUAGCUCUAUUUUUACUGAUUCAUUAAAAUUAUCAAAUAAAAAUAAAAGUAAUGAUAUCUAUAUAUGUAAAUGGAAAUAUAGUCUAAAAAAUAUUAUCAAAGAAAAUAUAUUAAAUAUUAGUAAUAAUAAUGAACAAUGUGAAGAUUUUACUUAUUCUAGUGAUAAAUAUAAAAAUUAUGAAAAUGAUAUUUUUUUUAUUAAUAGUCUUAUUAGUAAACUGAUUAAUGAAAAUAACAAAAUUAGAGCUUUAAAUAUUAUUUCUGAAAAUACACCAAUCAAAAGAAAAUAUUAUAACAAUGAAAUUGCUUCUCCUAAAUAUGAAAAAAAACGAUUUGUUAGUUUUGAUCAAAAUCUUAUAUUAUCAAAUUAUAAUAAAGAUACAAAUUAUUUUAUUGAGAAUAAUGAAAACAUUGACAAAAUGAAAUAUACAAAAGAAAUUAAUAAAAAUAAUAAUGAUAAAAAAACGAAAAAUUUAUAUUAUUACGAAUAUAGUGAUACAGACAAAAACAGCGUCGAAGGAAAUCCAACAGAAAACGAUAUAAUCAGUGAUAUGUUAAGUGAAAAUAAUAUAAAUAGAAAAUUUAGAGAUGAUAAUGAAUCCUUAUGUGAUUAUAUAGAAUGUGAUGAAUCAGAUUGUGCUUCUGAAGUAAGAAAAAAAAAACGUAAAGUAAUAAACCAUAAUAUAAAUAAUGAUUAUAAUGAUAAUAUGAUAGUAAACAGAAACUUAAAUAAAUAUUUAACCGAUAUAAAUCGAAAUGAGUAUAUGAAUCGUGUUAAUAUUGGAAAUAAGGCAAAUUCUUAUAUAGAACGACGUAAAAAAAUAGAAAAUAUUAUUUCUCAAUUACCAAAUAUAAUAACUCAAAAAGUUAUCCCUCCUCUUAGUAUGCCAUUAAAUAAAAAAUGGACAAAUUUAUUUUAUGAAUUAAGAAAUAAUGAUUUUGUAAAUAUCCAAAAUAUAGAUUAUUAUAAAUUAUUUAUGAUAACAAAAAGUAUAUCAGAUAUAUUUGUUAAUAGAAAUGAUGUUUUCGAUAUUCAAAAUGCGAUAAGUUCAAAAGAUAUUUUCUCCGCAAAUGCCAGACAUAAUAACAUUGCAAAUAAUGCCAACACCUUAAGAAACUAUAAUAAUGGGCAAAUAAAACACAAAAAGAAUAAUGAAGUUAUCGAAUUGUAUAUUCCUAACUUUUGGAGAACUGCAAAAAGUGUAAAUGAAAUUAAAUCAAUUAGUACAGGAAAUUCCGAUGAUUUUUAUUUCAAAUUAUUAGUACACCCUAGAGGAAAUUCAAAUGAAGAUAAUUAUUUAUCAAUUUAUUUAGAAGUAAUAAAACAAGAUUUUUAUCCACCAGAUUGGGUUUUUCCAAAUGUUCGAUUUCAAUUAACUGUUCAUAAUUUUAAAUCAAAAAAAAAUUCAAUUUCUUCAUGGGCUUAUUGGUCUUUUACAAAUAAUUCAUUAUCUAGAGGAUGGCAAAAAAUGAUAAGUCAUUCUAAAAUAAAUAAAUCAUCCGGAUUUUUAGAUGAUAAUGGUGGAUUAUUAAUUAAAGGAAAAGCAGAAAGAUCUUUUAAAACAUUAUGGUCUAAAUCUAUUCAAUACACACCUCAAUAUAUAUGGAGUUAUAUACCAGAAAAAUUAUUUGCAGAUUUUGAAAGUGAUAUAUUUCUUCAAUUUUUAUUUAAAAAAUAUUUUUUUGAAACUUGUUCAUGCCAAAAUGCAAAUAAUAAUAAUAACUAUAAUAUUUUAAAUAACAAAAAUAUUUAUGAAAAUUCAUUAGAAGAAGAUGUUUUAGCACAUAUUAAAAAUUAUAUGUACAAUAGAUAUGCAAUAGAUAUUUAUAAUUUUUCUCUAUUUUGGUCUCCAGAAUUUAUUAAGAAAUUUCUUGCAAAUGAUUCAAAAAAAUUCGACAAAUAUCAAGACUCUUUUUAUGCAAAUGUUAAACAUAUAAUUGAAAAUACAUUUUUAAAAACAAAUAAAGAAGUUAUACUUCCUAAUGAUUAUGAAAAUUAUCACACACAAGAUACACAAAAUGAUCAAACGGAAAAUGCAGAAGAUGAUAAAAAUGAAUAUAAUACUAUCAGUAUAUAUGACAGUUUAAUAAAACAAAAUAAUUUAAAAGAUUUAAAAACUAUUUCACAUGAUGAAUCACAAAAACGUAAAACAUUCUUAAAUUUCGAUUUUUGUAUAGAUGAUAGAAAACAUGUAUUAUCCUUAACUAACUAUAUUGUACCUAUUGUUGAAUCAUUUAAUGAUAAUGAUAAUUUAACUAUCUUAGUAAAUUGCUUAUAUAAUAUAGAAUUAUUUAGAAUGGUAAUUUUGAAAUAUAAUGUUAAUUUAUAUAAUAGACUUUUAAGAAAAUAUAUUAGGAAAAAAAAAAACGAGAAAAUAUUUAAAUUUAAUUAUAUUAUGAAUAAAUAUCUAAUAGGAGAAGAUAAUUUAGCAUAUGAUAUCUUAUAUAGAAUAAAAGAUUAUAAUAAAAAAUCAAAAAAAAAUAUAUAUUUAUAUGACCAUGAUGAAUUCAAAAAAACUAUUUUAUUUAAAUUAGAAUCAAUUUAUGAUAGAGUUCGUUAUUUUCUUGUAUAUUUAGACGAUAAAGUUAAAAACCUAAUUAAUAUAAGUCUUCAUAAUAAUAUAUUUGUAGAUGGUAAUCCAAAAUACACUGAUCAUACAUAUGCCUUUUUUAAUAUUGGAAAUAUUAUUAAUAUUAAUUCUAUCAAAAGUUAUAAAAUAGAAGAAUCAAAUAGCUAUAUUUUAGACUUGAAUAAAUAUAUAGAAUAUAUUAAUAAAAUAAUUACUGUUUUAAAUAUUAAUAUCAAUCAUAUAAGUAAAAAGGGAUUCAGUAUAAAUUAUAUGUGUAAUGCUGAUAAAAUUAAAGUCUCUAUAUAUAAUAUAAAUAGUAAUAUUGAAGAAGUUAAUGUAAUUAUAGCAAAUAUCGAACAUGCAGACAAUAUCACUUUACUAAAAAAUCAAGACGGAAAUAUGGCUACUCCCACAAACAAUACAGAUAAUGUCAAAACUGAAAUGAAAAGUGGAACUACAGUUUCAGGUAAUAAUGGAGCUCAAAAUGUAAAUAAAAAUAUGUUUGAAAAAGAUGAACAAUAUAAUAUUAAACAUUAUUUAAAAUCGGUUGAACCUAAUUUAAUUGAUGACCCAGAUGAAUUAAAAAAUAUAUCUUAUCGAUAUUGUAAUGAAAUGAAAUCAUUUAAUAUGUUUGAAUAUUUUAGAAAAAAUAAUAAAAAUGUUAUAAUAGCUUUACAAAGAAUUUUUAUAUGUAUGCAAAUGUAUUCCUUAGUUUUAUGUGCUAAAAAAGGAAAAGAAUAUUUUGAGAAAAAUAUGUCAAGUAAUUUUGAUCAAUCAUUUUUUAAAGAAAAAGAAAAUUCAAAUGUUUUUUGUGAUUGCAAGAAAAAAUAUUAUCAAAAUAAAUAUGAUAUUCCAGAAAAUUAUAAAAAAAAAGAAAAUGGUAAUUUAUAUCCAAAUUGUUGUGAAUCACUUCAAAAAAAUUCAUUUACAUCUACAAUUGCAACAGCGGUUGAAGGAACAAGACCAAACAUAAUUCCAAGCAACACAACAAUAGCAAAUGAUUUAAGAAAUACAGAGGGUAAUACUUUAUUUUAUCAAAAUUAUAAUAAUCUAUAUAACAAUGAAAAUGAACCUGCUAUAAACAGAUCAGAAAAUAACACAGUCCCACCUGUCUUUGUAAAUAAUAUCCAAAGGGAAGAAAAAAAUUUAAUGAUAAAUGGAAAAGAUACUAUAUAUAUAAAUAAUAAAAAUAAUAUGAACAAUUGUAUUAAUUGCACUGAAUGUAGGAAUGAAAUAAACUUUUUUAAUUAUAAUAAUUCAAAAGAAUUAAAUGAUGAACAUAUAAAAUAUUUUUCUAAUUUAGAUGUUGAUAAAAAAAUGUGCUUAUAUUAUUAUAAAAGUACACUUUUUUAUAAUAAUGUAUAUUCAGAAGAUAAUCAAGAUAAUUAUAGUUUUAAUAGUAACCAAAAUAAUAGAUUAACUAGUAUAGAUUCAACAGGAAAAAGCAGUUCUGAUGAAAUUUAUAAUUCUAAUAAUAUGCCAUAUUAUACUUUAAAUAUAUAUAAUAAAGAAGAUAACUAUUUAAAUUUAUUUAAACCCUUAUUACCUAAUAUUAAACCUUUAUUAUUCAGUUUAAAUAAAAUUUUGUUCAAUCAAUAUAAAUCCAAUGAACCCAUAAAUACAAUACAUGAACAGCUAUUCAAUCAUAUUGUUUGUGAUAUAGCAAAAGACAAAAUUAAGUUAAAUAGAAAAAUUAAAGAGAUCAAAAAAUUAUAUUUUUCAAACAAUGCAAAUCAUAAUUUAUGCAAAUGUACUAAUUACUCAAAACAAGAAAAUAAUAAAAAUUGUAACAAUACAGACUGUAUACGAAAUUUGAAACGAUACAAAAAAGCAAAAUUAAAAAUAAAACAUCUAAUGGAUGAUUUGAAACAUAUAAGAACAUUUGAAAAAUUGUGUUAUGAAUUAUUUAAUUUAAAAAAUAAAUCUGAAACUGAAACAUAUAGUAGUGAUAUUAAUAAGUGUGAUAUGACAAGUGACUAUAAUGAAUGCCAAAAUUUUAACAGUAAUAAUGAUAAUAGUAAUUAUACAAGUUUAAAAAGUUCUCCAAAAAAUAAAACAGAAAAAAAUCAAAAGGAAUGUAAUAUGCUUACACCAAAUCGUGAUGAAAAUAAAAAUAGUAAUAAUAAUAUUGACAGUUCUGGUGGAGCUGGUGAAAGUAGUGGAAAUGCUGGAACAAUCGGCACUCCAAAUAAUAACAAUAUUUCAGGGCUUAGAAAAGAAUUAGAUAAUAAUUACCUUAACAAAAAUAAAAAUAUUGAUGAUUUAAUUCAUACUAUGAUUAACAAAAAAAAAAAAAGUUUUUAUAAAAAUUUUAUUACAUGCGAAAAAGAUAUAUAUAAAACUAUAGAAAAAUCAUCAUUUACUGAAAUUCCAUAUGUGCUAUUUUUUUAUAUGAAUUGUUUUAAAAAUUUGAAAAGGGGAGAAUUAAUUGAUAUUCCAUUAUAUCUAGACAUUUAUGAAGACAAAGAAGAUGAUGAAAUAAUAAGUAACACCAAAAAUGGAAAGGACCGAAAUAAAAAUGCACAAAAUGUUACUCAUAAUAACUAUAAUAAUGUUAAAGAAGAAAAAGGACCAUACUAUUUUGGAAUAAAAAAAAAUAUUCGAAAAAAAUGUAGAAAUGAUGAUUAUAAUGAAGAAGAUAUAAUUACUUAUCAUUUAUAUGCUCUUGUAAUUUCUGAAAAUAAAGAUAUUAAUAAUAUGUCUAUGCCAAAUUACAAUAAACUCAAUGAUUUAGAAUUAAAUACAAUUAAUGACUUCAAUUUCAAUUCCUAUUCCUAUUUAAUUUUAAGACCAUAUAUUAAAGGACCCUGGUAUAAAAUAUAUAAAAAUAGAAUAACAAAAUUAACACAAAAGUGUGAAUUUAAUGAAUGGAAAUGUCACAAGGAUUUUUAUUGUUCUUCUUGUAUAUAUAUAAGUGAAAAUUAUUAUGAUAGUCAUAAUAGCCAAUUUUUAAAACUAUAUAAUAUUAAAGAUGUUAAUUUUCCAUUAUAUAUACAUACAUUAAAAGAAUUUGAUAUAGAAGAAAAAGAUAUAUUCGAUUUUAAUAAACAAAUUAAUACAGAUAUUAAUACUUUAUUACUUGAUAAAAACCAUGAAAAAAUAGAUGAUGAAUUAGUUUAUGAACUUAGAAAAAUGGAAAAUAUUACACCCCCAAAAACAAUCAAUACACAAAUUUCUAAUCAAAAUAAAAUAAUCCCCAAAAUUAAUAAUAAAUUUGAAAAUGAAGUCCCCAAACAAACUGAUGAUAUAUAUGAUCGUGAAAAUGAACAAAAUAUGUCUAAAUCAAAUGAAAAAGACAUUGAUAAUGUAUGCUCUUCAAGUAUUGAAAAUGAUAAUACACAUAUAAAUAGAUCAUAUUAUUCCCCUUAUAUAAAAGAUGAACAAGAUUUAGUAAUGAAUUGUUUAAAUGUACAUCAUAAAAUAAUGAUUAAUGUUAAAGAAGAAUUAUUUGAAGAUAUUAUAAAAAUUAAUAAUAAUAAUAAUUUAUGUUACACAAGUUUUAAUGAUAAAAAAGCAAAAAUGGGAAUUGUUCUUAACAAAAAUACUAGCAGAUUAAAAUAUAAUAGACAUUUUUAUGAUUUAAAAAAUAUUGUAAGAGCUUAUAAAAAAUUUGAAGAUGAUGCUGAUUAUCCUUCUAAUUCACCAAAUAAUAAUAUGGCAAGUGAAUUAAAAAAAAUUAGUGACAUAUCAAAGGGAUUCUUCUUAUCAGAUAAUGUAAUGUCAAUAUAUGAAACAUGCCAAAAAAAUUGGAAACCAUACCAAAAACCAUCUGAAUUUUUUUAUUGUGCUCGAAAAGGAAUAAGCCCCAUAAAGAAACAUAAAACUAAUGAAUUUAAAAUCAAGGUAACUGAGAAUAAGACAAUGAAUACAAAUGAAAACAAUAGUCCUAUUAAUGAUAAAUUGAAUAGUAAAGAAAUAUCUCAAAAUGAGGAAAUAAAUGGAAAUACUAAUAAAAUAUUGAAAUAUAAUUAUAACAAACUUGUGAAAGUAUAUCGAAGAAGAUAUAUAGAACAUCGAUACAAAAUUUCAUAUAUAAAUGAAAAAAUAUCUUUUAAAGCUUUAAACAAAUACUCAUGUAUUACUAAAGAUAAAAGAAAAUACACACGAAUACCAAUUUCAUAUGAUAUUCAAAAAUAUAGAAAUAAAUAUAGCACAAAAAAAAGAUGUAGAAAUAUAAAUAAUGGAUUAGGAACUAGCUUAACUAAUUCUACAUAUUUUGCACUAGAAAAUUUAAUAAACAUAAAUAUACCAAAUAAAAAUUUCAACAAUCUUGAUAAAAAUGUACGACUUUGUAUAAAUAAUCCAUUUAAUAUUGAAUUGAAUAAUAUAUUUUAUAACUUUUUUAGGGAUAAAAUAAAUAUGAACAAUGUUAAGAAAAAUUAUUUUAAAAAUGAAGAGAAAUUAGAAUCACACAAAUAUUAUAUUAAAACAUGUUUAAAUAUGUUUAAGUCUUUUUUUCAUGAAUAUUUUUAUAUAAAUAUUACAAAUAAUAAUGAAUUAAAAAAGAAAAAAAAAAAUACAUACAAAAACUUUUGUAUUGCUUUAUCAGAUAUAUUUUUUAAUAAUUUAAGUUUUAAUACAGAAGAGGAUUGUGAUAAUUUUGAUUAUAUACAAGGUGGAGUAGCAGUAUAUGGCUUCUAUUCAGAUCGAUUUAAAAAAUUAAAAAUCUUAUUAAAAAAAAUAUUUAUGUAUUUAAAUAUUAUUUUCAGAAUAAUUAAAUAUAUUCAAUUAAAAAAAUUAUUAUUUAAUGAAAACUUUGAUAUACAUACUUGCAAAAUACAUGAUGUAUUCUUCUUUAACUUUUUAUAUUUUUUUUACAACAAAUAUUCAAAAGAUUGUCAAGAAAAAUAUAUUAAAAAAUUAUGCACACGUUUUUCUGUGAAUACUAAAGAAAUCAAUUCUACUAUUAAAAAUAAAGUACCUAGAUCAAAGAGUCUCGAUUUGGAUUUUUUGAAGUUUUAUGAAAACCUAUUUUUAGAAACCGAAGGAGAAAAUAUUAAAAAAAAUGACCAACCAGGAAAAAAAGAGAAUAACAUGUCUACAAAAUUUACUUCUAAAAAGAUUGGCAGAUUAAAUAGUGAAAAAAAAGGUUUAGAAAGUUUAUUUUCUUUUUGUACAUGUAUUACAGAUGAUGAGAAAAAAAACAAGUUUUUUGAAACACAAAAUCACAACAUCUAUUGUGUAUUUCGAUAUAUAUCAUUCAAUUUAAAUGAAGACAUAAAAUAUUUAAAAAAUAAAAAUAACGACUUUAAUCAAAAAAUGAAUUAUAUAAAAAAUAAUGGAAAUGAAAAAAAAAUAUCAAUUUUAAGUGAUAAUAAUAAUGUUAAUAGUUAUAUAAACAAUAUUUUAAAUUCAGAAAAUAAUAUGAAACCUAAACAAUUGGAAGUUUUUAUAUCAAAUUUAUUGAAUAAGAAAAAAAAAACAUGUAUUUUAUGCUAUUGUAUACGUAGAUAUUAUUUAAGAUUUUUAAAAAAAUUACAAAAAAAUCUAACUUUUGAUAUAAUAGACAAACAAAUAAAUUACAUUUUUGAUAAUAACUAUUUAGGAGUAAUAGAUUUAUAUAAUAAAAAUAUUGUCGGACAAAAUAAUAAUGUAUAUUCAAACAAAAGAAGUCACUAUAAUAAUAAAUACCAAACUUGCAACUGCUCAAGCAUUUUUAAUUAUGUAAAUCAAGAUACAAUUGAAGCAUGUAUAACAUAUUUAUUACACAAUUUAUGGAAAUAUUAUGUAUGUGAUAUUUUAUCUAUUCCAAAUGAGUUAGAACAAUUUUAUGAUAGUUUAAUAAAAAAAAAUAAAAAAAAAAAAAAUAAAAAUGCAAAAGAUGAUAAAGGGGCAAACUUUAUUAAAUAUCUCAAAGAUGAAACAAAAAACAAUUCUACAAACAAACAAUUUUCUAAUAGUGAUAUGAAUGAUUCUUUAGUUUAUAAUGAUGAAGAUACAAAUGAAAAAAAUGUUCACAACAAUUUAUUACUUUCAAAUUUUCAGUUUAUUGAUAUUACUGAUAUAAAGAAAAAAAUGUCUUCUUUACCUCUUCCUCAAACUUCAACAAACAUUGAAUUUGUAGCCAAUUCUAAAACUAGUGCACUAACACCAAAAAUUACACCUCUUAAUAAUGUCGGGGCAAAUAAAAAAAACUAUACCCCCAAUAAUAAAUCCAGUAACCCUCAAAAUAGUAACAAUUCAGAACAAUACAAUAAGGAAUCAAUAAAUUUUUAUGUUAUAGAUCUAAGCAUAUUAAAAGAAGAAGAAUUAAAUGAAUAUAAAAAAACAUAUGGUAAUAAUAAAUUACAUUUGAAAGAAAUAUUAAAAACCAAAUUAGAAAAUAUAGAACUGAAAAAAUUAUUACACCAUUUUAAUUUUACACAUAUCAAUGGAAGUUUAAUAAAUAAUUAUAUUAGUAAAAAGAAUAAACAAAAUAUUAUAAUUUGUGAAACAUUUAAAUCAUUUAAUAAACAAUAUCUCGAUCCAACUGAUCACGACACAUCUCCAGUAAAUCCAUUACAUGUUCAGGAAAAUAUAAAUUAUAUUAAAAAUUGUGAAAAAAGUGCUGAGGAAAUAAAAAAAAUGGAAUAUUUACUAAGUAUAGAAAGUGCACAAAAUGAAAAUACUGCUAUUCCUAAUAAUACUAGUAAUAAUGGAAGUAAAGGAGUAAAUAAUGAAAUAUCAAAGAAAGGAAAAAAAGGUUCAAAAAAUGAACAAAGUGAUGAUAAAAAUAGUAAGAAAAAAACAAAAGGUUAUUCAGUAUCUCAUCAAAAAGAAGGACAAAAAAGUAACGAUAAAAUAUAUUCUAUAUUAGAAGAAAAAUUUGAAACUAUUUUAAAUAAUGCAAAUUCCGAUGAAAAACUUAUUUAUAAUUUUUAUCAAGGUCUACAAUUAUUAAAUGACCAACUAACUAAUAAAUCUACAGAAAAGUAUGUAAGUGAAACUGAUGAUGUAGAUCCAAAUUUAGUGCACAAGAAUAUGAUAACCACAACAGUAAAUACAGUCAGUGAAACAAUAAAAAAAUAUAAUAUAAAUAAUAUAAAUGGAAUAAAAAGCAUUUUAAUAAAAAAUGGAUAUGAUCUACGUAAAUGCUACACAGGAAUAGAUUUAAUAUUUUUAUUUUUAUCAAAAAUAAAAGGUGUAAAUAUAAAUUUUAUGAACGAAGAUAAUUAUACAAAUAAUCAAAAUAUAUAUGAAAUUAUUCUAAAUAAAAUGAGUGAUAUAAAUUAUGAAAACAUAACUAGAGAAUAUCAAUGUCUAGAUUAUAUAUUACAAACAUUUGAGUACAUAGAUGAAGCAUAUAUAUAUACAAAAUAUAAAGAUUUUUUCGAUUUCACUGAUUCUAUUUUUACAUUACAAAACCUUAGUAUUGAUCAAAAUACAGAUAUAGCAUAUGAUUUAUUUAAUAUGUUUUUUGAUAUAUUAAAUAAUUUAUUUUGUUAUGGGAUCGGAAUAGUAAAUAAUUUUACUGAAAAUAAUAAAGAAAUAAUUAAGGUGAGCAAAUUAGAAUCAUUUUUUGAUGAAAUACAUAAAUUUGUAGGAUCCUCAUUAAUAAUAGAUAAUUCAUUUGUUGCCACUAAAGAGUUAUACACAUUUAUUCAAUAUAAUUCAUAUUUCUGGUAUAUUUUAUACAAACAAUAUGAUAUGUUUUUAUCAUAUUAUGAUCAGAAAAAUCACUGCCAAAUAUUUAACGCCUUUCUUUUUCACUUUUUAAAUUAUGUUUUUAAUUUCCCCAUGGAUAACUUUUUUAAAAUAGAUAAUAAAUUAAGUAAUCAAAAUGAAUUAUUAAUUAAAAGUAUAUUUAAAAAAUGUUCAUUUUUAGAGAAUAAUAAAGACAUAUAUUUAUUUAAAAUCAUAUUUGCCUUUUUAUUACAAGAUCAAAAUCAUUUUUACAAUUAUUAUUACAGUACUGAAAUGUCUCUAUUCAUUUUUAAUGCAAUCAUGUCUUUAAAUAAUUUUUAUUUCAAUAUGAAUAAAUCCCAUUUGUUUUCUUCCAAUUUUACAAAAUUAAAUAAUUAUGAAUAUAAUAAAAAGCCAGAAAAUUUAACUGAUUCUUACACACCUGUUUCGAAGGACGACGAAGAAUCCACAGACAAUUCUGAAGUAAGCCAAGACAUAGAGAAUAUAAAAAAAACAACUCAAGAACAAAAUGAAAACACAUAUGAAACUGAAGAAGAAGAGGAAUGUUAUGAAGAAGAAAAUAAUAAUUUAAUGUACAUAUUAAAUAAUAUAGAAAAUGAUUUAGAAAAUAUGAAAUCUGUAAUAAAUUUUCAUUCAUCAAAAAAUACAAUAUAUUUUAAUAAUACUAUAGAAAAUUUAAGUGUAAUAAUUAAUAAUGAUAAAAAUAAUAAUAACUUAGUAAAAUAUCAAAACUCCAAUAUUAUUAAUAAUAAUAUGUACUCUAUAGCAUAUAACAAUCCUAUAAUUAACAUAAACCCUGAAUAUAAUGACCUAUUAACUAUAUAUUUAACAAGCUUAUAUAAUUAUAAUGAAAACUUUAGAAACAUUAAUAAUUUAUUCUAUAUAUAUAGCAAUUUCUUUUACAAUUUUCAUAACAUGUUUUUAUUUAUAAAUAAAAAAAAUGAUUUAUUUUAUUCCUUUUUCAAGAUCAGAUUUAAAAAUCAUAAUUCAAAAGAGUUAGAAGAUUUAAUCAUUAGUUUCGAUAAAUUAUGCAAUUCAAAUAAAACAGAAAUGUCUUAUGACGACAUAAGAGGCGGAUAUAAUCCAUUAGAAAAUAAAUCAAAUAAAAAAGGGGGUACUACAUAUAUAUAUCUAAAUAAUCAAAAUACUGAAAAAAAAAUUAAAAAUUAUGAAUAUGCUAUACACAAUUGUGUAAGUGAAUUUUUCUACAUCUAUGACGACAUUGUUUAUGAUAUAAAUGCAACUGGAAAUAUCUCAUACUAUUUUAAAGAAGAUAAUGUAUAUUUAUAUUUUGAUAAUGAUAAAGAUAUAGCAUAUUAUCAAGAAAGAGAAAAUCAUUUUUUUAAAAUUAAUGCCAUUGAAAGAAAUAAAAUAGAUGAUAUAGAUAAAAGAGUUGAAAAAGUUUUGAAGUAUCAAAAAUUGAAUAAACUUAAAAAUGAUUCUAUCGAUUUAAAUCCAAAUACUAAAGAUAGUUCAAAUUUAUAUAAAAAUAAAAAUAAUAAUAAAAGAAAAAAAAAUGAUAAAAAUGAAAAUUAUUAUCAAGAAUCAGAAUUAGAAAAAGAUUUAAUGAAUAUACAAUUUAAAAAAAAUGAUGUUAUCGAAAAAUAUUUUCCAUACUUUUUUUAUUUAAGCCCAUCAAUGUAUAACAAUAACAAUCUUUCAAAUAUAUCUCUAAACACAAACACACCUUCAGAUCAAAUCCAAAAUUCUUCAAACUCUAUUGACUCACCAUCAAAUAUUAAUAAUAUCUAUAUGGGAGAUACAUCAAAUAAUAAUUAUAUCACCAAUACUAAUGAAGAAAAUGAUAACGAGCACAAUAUAAAAUAUAAUAACUAUAUAAAUAGUAUAGAAUCAAAUAUUGGGAAAUUUGAUAAAAUAGAUAUGAUUGAAAACAUGGGUAUAAAUAAUAAUGAACAAAAAAUAGAUCAUAUAAAUGAUCGUAAUUUGGAUAGUAGUAAUGCUAACAAAAAGACAAAUUCAACUAGAGUUGGAAUUAAAGGAAAUAAUUGUAUCCCUGGAGAUAUAACAAAAAAAUAUUUUUACAUAUCAAUAUUAUUUAAUAUCGAUUUUUUCAAUGUAAGAGGGAUACAUAUAGAAAAUACAAUCAUAUCAGAUAGAACAUUUUUAAUAAGUAAAGUUAUAAAGGAUACAAAGGGAAGAUUAUUAACUGUUAAGGUAUUUCAUAUUUAUAAUAUCUUUUCUAAAAUGAUCGAGCUAUAUUAUGCAAGUAAAGAAAAUAAUAAAAAGGAAGAAAAUUUUUUAAACGAUUUUGACUAUAAAUCAGAUGACGAAUUUUACUAUAAAGUCAAAAUGAAUCCAUCUUAUUUCUUUUUAUUAUAUGCUAUUAAAAAAGAUUAUGAUAAAAAAAAUAAAAAUAAAUUAAUCUUUAUGAAUGUUAAUUCGGAUUUGGAAACUUAUAUUGAAGAUAAAAAAGAUAAUCACUAUAAAACAGAUCUCACCAUACUUUUAAUACCUAUAUCUCCUCAAACCAUAUUUGGUAAACCCAAUGCAAAUCUUACUCUUUUUAAUGACAGCGACUAUCCUUUAGUGACUUUUAAAUUUAUGACUGAAAUUUAUGAACUUGUUUGUAUAGGAAUAAUCAUAUGUCAAUCAAAGUUGUUCCUUCAAGAUUACAUACUAAACUGGUUCAUACCAAAAGUCAAGGAGAGAAAACUUAUUAAAGAGGACAGUGACAUUAAAUUAGAGGAUAUAAAUGUUUAUGAAGAAUCAGAAUUAUAUUGCUUGGAAAGAAUAAGAAAAUUUUCAUGUAGUAUAAAAAAAAUAUUAAAGAAACAUAAUGGUACAAUUGUUAUUCAAGUAAAUAAAUGUAUCAAUACAAACAAAAUUAAUAUAAAAUGUAUUGAACAUACAAAAUUAAAUAAAAAUUUUUUUUGUUCUAUUUGUAAAAGUAAUUAUAUAUGUGUGUGUCACAAAAAUAAAAAACAAGAACUCAGACGAAAAAUGAAUUACUUAAAAUGCCACGAUGCAUUAUAUAAAACAGUAAAAAAAAAACAUAAUGAAAUAAACAAUGAUAAAAAUAAAUCGGAAGAUAUUGAAAUUGAUACACUUUCUGAUUCAUCCCAAUAUGAAAGAAGUACUGUUAUUUCAAGUCAUAAUGAAAAAGAUAAAAUUAAUGAAGAAAUAAAUAUUCAACAAAAUAAUUUUGAAGAUAAAUCUGAUACAUAUAAAGCUGAAAAAACAUUUUAUACAUUAUGUGAACAUAUUGAUAUACUAAAUGAAUUAAAUCCAUAUGAGCAAUCAUACAGAUCAUCUAACAGUUCGAUAUUAUGUAUAUCCAGUGAUAGUAGUAUAUCAAACAUUUCAGAAGAUGAUAAUAAUUGUAUCGAUGAAAUUGAAAACACUUGUUCAUAUUAUAUUAACAAUAUAUCAAAAAAAAAUAUACCUGAUAAUGCAAUUAAUUAUGAUGUAUAUAAGUUAAAUACCACAAAUGUACCCAUGGAAUUUCCAUAUAAAAAUUCAUUAACCACUACUCAUGAAAAUGUGGAUCCUCGUAAAAUAAAUUAUUUAUCACGAACUAAUGAUAAAGAAAAAAAUGAUAUCGAAGAAAUUAUCUUACAUGAAUUUAAUAAGUUAGGAAAAGAUGAUCGUCAAAAUGUUGGGGAAUUACUUAAAUCCAAAGAUUCAAACAAUACACCAAAUAAUAACAUAUCUAAAAAUAAAGAAGAAAAAAAAAAUAUACCUAUCAACGAUUCAGUUGUACAAACAACUGAUCAAUCCAAUACUCCUGAUAAGGUUUCAAAAAAUAAAAAAAAAAAAAAAAAAGAUGAAAAAAAAGAUAAACAAAAAAAUGAUGAUAAGACAAAAGAAACAAACAUAUCUAACCAACCAAAUAACAUAAAAUUAAAUGAAGACGUAAAAUCGAAAAAUGUUAAUAACGUUGAAAAGAAGGAUGAUAUAAAAAUGACAACUAAUGAAAAUUCAAAUAAAAAGAAAACCGAAAAAGGAUCAAAAAACAAUCAUGAAAGUAAUAGCAAUAAAAAUAGCAGUACUAACAAAAGUGAUAGUAGCCCAAAAAGUAACAAAAGUAAAACAGGAGAUAGCAAUACAAAUGGUGAAAAUAAUAAUGAUAGUGAUGAAAAUAGUGAUAAUAAAAAGAAAAAUGAACACAGUAAUAAAAAAAAUAAAAAGAAUAAAAAAAAUAAAAAUAAAAAAACAAAUGAAAGUGAUGAAGAUAGUAAAGAUCCAAAUGAGACAAAUGUUGAAGAAGAUAAUAAUCAAAACUCUAAUGAUUCAGAUGAAAUUAUAAAUAAUUAUUUUUGUAAAAAUAUUACAGAUUAUAUAAAAAAUUGUGAUAAGAUUGAAACACUUGCAUCAUAUAUUUAUAAUGAACUAAUUGAAAUAACAAAAAAGAAAAUUAAAAAAAAUGCAAUAAAAGUAGAAAAUAUAUCAAGCGAUGGAUACUUAGCAAUUGGUGAAGAAUUUCUAAAUGUUAUGAAUAAAAUAAUUUUAAUUAUAAAUUUUAAAUUUAAUAAUGAUGAGAGUAUAAGAAAAUAUGAUGAUUUAAAAAACUACGAUAGCAAUAAUAGUCAAACAAAAAAUGAAGGAAAUGAUUAUCAAACUGAAAUAGAUAACUUACCGUCUGAAAAAUAUAACAUUUAUAAUAAUGAACAUGUGAUCAAAUUUUUAAAUUUUUUGAAAAAAAAAAUAUUUUUAAAAAUUAUAUUCCCAGAUAUUUAUAAUGAUAAAAGUAAAAAUAGAAAUAAAAAAAAUGUAAAGAAAAAAAAACAAGUUGAUGUUAAAUAUGUAAAUGAUAUAUUUAAAAGAGAUUGCACAUUUUAUGAUAAAAUAUUAAUAAUAAUACAACAUAUAUUAGAUAUAAAUAUAAGAACACAUAUAUUCUUAUUUGUUUAUUUAUUUGUUGGAAAAUAUGUCUCCUUUAUUGAUUUAGAUAUCAUUUUAAAUAUUAUGAUUAACUAUAAUGAAUAUAUAAAUUAUAACAAAGUUACAGUAGAUGAUUCACUAUUUAAUGAAAUGUCUAAUAAUUUGCCAUCUGAUAUAGAGUCUAAAAAUUCAGGUACAAAAAAUAAAAAUACAAAAUCGGGAAAAAAUAAAGAAUCGACAACCGGAGAUGAAGGAAACACAUUUAACGAUGUAGAAAAAAAAAUGAAAAAAAAAAAUAGUGAUGAAGAUAAUGGAGCAGAUGAUGAAUUAGUAGAUUUAAACACAAGUCGAAUUAUUUAUCUAUUAAUCUUAAUUAGUAAUAAACAAAUUAUCAAUGAAUUAACUAACGAUAAAAUUAUUUUCAAAGAAGUUGGAAAUAAAUUCUACUUAGAAAUAAAUAAAAAAUAUUAUGAAAAUUUAAAUACCGAUUAUGCUAAAAUAAUGAAAGAACAUUUUGUAAAAGAUUUAAAAGAAAAUUAUGUUAAAGAUGUAAAAUUUUUAGAAACUAUUACACUAAAUGAUUUAAUAAAUAAGAAAAAUGAAUCAUACACACAAUUAUAUGGUACAAACAAUUUUACAAAUUUAGAAAUAAAAAAUAUUUAUAAUAAUAAUGUGAAUCUAAUAGAAGAACUAAUCAGAUCUGAAAAUGGAGAAAGCAAAAAAGAUACCCUAUUAAAUAUGCAUGAAAACAAUACAUCAAUAAUUAACGAUUUAGAUUUAUAUAAUGAAAAUACUUUAAAAAUGUCUAUGAUCAAUUAUAAUUAUGUUAAAUUUAAAUUAAGCUUUAAAAUUGCUAUAAAAAAAAUAAACAUGAUAAGAGAUAAAAUAUCUUUUUAUUCACUAGUCUUUAGACAUUGUACCUUUUUAAUAAAUACACUACACAAUAUUUAUGUUACAAAGAAUGAUCAAACCAAAUUAUCAAUUCCAAAUAUUUCGAUAAAUUAUAAAAAUUUGUUAGAUGUCAAUAUGAAUGAUAUAAUUAAAUUUAAAGAAAUUUAUGACAAACUUGUUAAAUAUAAUAAUAAAAAAAAUAUAUUAAAAGAUCUAUACAUAAUCAAAGGAAUGGAUAACAUAUUAUUAAUUAGUUCACAUUCUAAUCCUCAAAAAACUUUUAUUCUCGAUUUAUUUUUAAACUCCGAUUUAGGAAUCCCAUACAAAAAUACUAUCACCACAAAUGAUCAAAAUAUAGAUUCAAAUGUUUUAUUAAAUUCUACAAAUAUUUUAAAUACUAAUCCUAAAAAGUCACAUCUAAAAACAACAGAAUCAAAUAUUAUAGCAUCUAAAAAUGGUAUCCCAAUUUCAGAACAUAUAAAUGAUAACUACUUAUUAUCAACCACUGGGCAUGCUAUAAAUGAUAAUAAACAUGGAGUGAAAAAUUACAUGAUAUCUACAAUGUAUGACCAAACAAAUGCUAACAAAAAUGAAACACAUUAUAAACAACUUAAUUCUUUAAAUAGUGGACGCAAUACAUCUAUAUCUUCAACAGCUGGUGGAAAAAAUAAUAACAUCUUAGUCGAUACAAAUAUUAAUGAUUCUUCCAUAGGACUAGACGAAGCAUUAACUAAUGAACUAAUUGCAAGCAGAAAAAUUAGUGGGCAAUCAGAGAGUAGUAAAUAUAUGAAAAAAAAUAUGUCAUCUGCUAUAAGUAGUCAUAAAAGUGCAACAGAAGCUGGUACAGUAAAAGGGGACGAUUUAAACAUGAUAAAUGAUGAGUUGGGACAAAAUAAAUAUAUAAAAAAUAAAUUUAAAAGAAUUUAUAAUAAAGAUAUACCAUAUAUUUGUAAUGAAGGAAAAACUUGGAUGGUUAUUUAUAAACCAGCAUAUUAUCAUUGUUCAGCUUAUACAUCACAUAAUAGAUAUAACUUCUUAGUAAAUAUUAAUAAAUAUAGUGAUUAUUUUUAUAAUAUAUUAGAAAAAAUAUGUAUAAAAUGUAAAAUAAAAACAAAAUUUAUGUGUACCACAUGUAAAGAAAUGGAAAAUAUUUGUAAUAAAUGUGAAAAUAUAAUAUCAAAAUUAUGUCCAAAAUGUAAUUUAAUAAUAAAAAAAAAUAGAGAUGUAUUUAAAAUUAUUAAUAGUAUAUCAUUAAAUGAUGUUAUAUAUAGUGGAAGAGUUGAAUCAUUUCAUUUAUUUAUGAUGAAAUCUUUUCCAAAUUUAGAAACUGUUAAAAAAUGGCAUAAAUUAGAAUGUGGAUUAUGUCAUAGAAUCGAUUUAGAAACAUCUGGAAGUUUAAUUAUUGCUAAAACAAAAGAUGCAAGAGAUUUCCUUUUCGAUCAAUUUAGAAAAAGAAAUGUAUAUAAAGAAUAUAUCUUAUUAUGUCAUGGUAGAAUUAAAAAGAAAAAAGGAUUCAUUAAUAAAUCAAUACAAACACAUGAAUAUAAUAACUUUCAUAGUAAAAGCCAUUUUAGUUUAGUAGUUAAAACUGGUGGUACAGAUGCAUAUACAGAAUAUAAUUGUGUUAAAAUUUAUAAAUUAAAAAGAAAUAUUCAAGACAUUAUUAAAGAAGUUAUGGAAGGAAAAUAUAAUUGUAAUAGUACUAUUAAAAAAGAUAUUAACAAAGAAAUUUAUUGUAAUGAUUAUUAUAAAUUUUUAGAUGAAAAUAAAAAAAAUGUAAAUAAAAUUCUACAAAGAUGGGUUGCUACUGAACCAUCUAAUCAUUUUGUUAAUAAUGAUAAUAGUGUAGAAAUGGAUGGAAAAUUUGUUUAUCCAUAUUAUUUUGGACAAGAUGAUGAUAAUUCAGAUUCUUUACAAAUCCCAAUAACAAUUAUUGCAAACUAUAAUUCAGAUUCUCAGCUAGCUGAAAAUCGAAAAAAAAGAAAAAAAGAAAAAAGAAUCAAGUUCCAAAAAGAAAUGCGAAAACUUAUCAAAAAUAAAGAAAGAAAUAGUUCAACUGUUGAUUCUAAACUUAAGAAUACAAUCUCAGAUCAUAUACAUGCUAAUGAAAAAUAUGAAAAUUUUGACGUAAUCAAUUUUGAUAUCCUUGAUACUGAUAAUGAAGAAGAUGAAGAAGAAGAAGAAGAAGAAGAAGAAGAAGCAUGCUAUAAAAAUUUAUCAAAAAAAGAAAGAUUAUUACAAAAAUUAAGUUUUUUAAAAUAUAAUAAUAAAAAAGAUAAAAGAAUAUAUGGUUAUACAUCUUCGAUAAAUAGAAAAGUAUGCCAUCAUUUAUGUUUUAGAUGUAAUUCAAUAUCAGAUGAAUAUUUUUAUACCGAUCCUAAAGAUAUAGAAGCAUAUACUAAAGAAUUUACUUUAUGUAAUGUUAAAAUUCAUACAGGUAGAACUCAUCAAAUUCGUGUACAUAUGAGACAUAUUGGUCAUCCAUUAGUUUCAGAUAAAAAAUAUUUAAAUGCAUCUUUAAGUAAUCUAGAUAAAUUUUGGUGUUUUAGAAUGUUUUUACACUCUAUUAUACUCGAAUUUAAUAACCCAGAUUAUUAUUUUUAUAAUUUAAAUGAUGAUAUAUCAAAAAAAAGAAAUAAAAAAAAUAUUUAUCCUAAUAAUAGUUCAUAUAAAGUACCAGAAAGAAGUGUUAAGGCAAUAUGCCCACUUGCUUGUGAUUUACAAACAGCACUUAAUCAUGAAUUACAAGUUGUUGAUAUUUUAGAGGAUGAAAAUACAUAUAUAAAUAGAAUUCUUAAAAUGAAUAUUAAUGAUAAAAGAAGUGAAGCUAUGAAAAAUGCUAAACCAAUUAUAGAAAUUCAUAAAAUGAAUAAUGCUAUAUUUGGUGCAGAUGAUAAUAGAAAUUUAUCUCAAGAACAUAUUAAAGGUAAACAACAAAAUCAACAUUUACAAAUGGAUGAUGAUAUAGAAACAGAUUUAAAUAAAUCGAAAGAAUCAUUACCUAAACAAACAUACAUAAAAGAUGAAUAUCAACCAAAUUAUGAACAUCCAGAUGAAUAUGAACCAGAUCAUGAUUUUGAUACCUUCGAAGAUGAAGUACUUAGACGAGAAAACGAUGAAGAGGACGAAGAAGAAGAAGAAGAAGAAGAGGAAGAAGAGGAGGAAAUUGAUGAGGACGAUGAAGAAGAAGAUGUUGAAGAUGAUGAUGCAGAGGUUGAAAAAAAUAAACACAUAAACAAUACAAACGAACUAAAUAAAGACAAAAUAAAUAAACUAGUAAAAUCUGAUAAAAAUGUAAAAGAAAAAAAAUUAUCAAACAAUAAAAAAAUUGUAAAAGUUUCUACGGAAAAUACAACAACCAUUUCAUCAAAUGAAAUAAAACUUGAACAAAAUAAAAAAAAUGAUAAGUUAGCAAAAGGAUUUGAAAAUGAUGAUGGUGAUAACAUUCUUGAUGAAGAAGAAAUACAUAAGUCGCUACUAUUAAAUGCACUAGAUAUGAAUAAUAAAAGACAUAUUAUGAAGGUAAAUCAUGAUUACUUUUUCAAUGAUAAAAAUAUAUCAAAAGAAACUAUUAAAAAUAAUAAAGCUGAAAAAAAAAAAGAAGUCAAAGAACGUAUGAAUGGGGAAACAUACAAAAAUAAUCGUAAUGAUAAUGGAGUAAAUAUAAAAACAGAUUUUAAUUUUCUAAUAAAUGAAACAAAAAUUGUUUUAGAAAAUAUAAUUAUGAAUAGCAUUGCAUUUAAAAUACUUUCCUAUUUAUACAAAAUAAGAAAAGCAUUAUUUUCCAUUUUAAAUGUAUUUGGUAAAGAUAUCAUAAAAAAAAAAAAACAAAAGAAAAAAACUUUUAUUAAAAUGAACUUAAUUGAAUUGUUUAAAAAAAAUAAAGACAAAAAAGUUCCAAAUGAGUUUAUAUAUGAAAUAGCACUAUGUAUUAGCUACUUUUUUAAAAAUAAUAAUAUACAUGUCAAAAAAAGAAAAGAAGAAUUUAUUAUAUAUACACAACUAAAAAAUUUAAGAAAUCUAAGUAAAAGUACAAACACACAAAAUAGUACUUUAACAACUUCGGAACAAAGCAAUACCUCUUCUCCUUACAUAUCAAAUACUAACAAAAAUAUUAUUAUAGAAAAAUUUUAUAAUAUUUUAUAUAAUAUGAAUUAUUUCUUAAAAGAAUAUGGAUUCAAUACAAAUGUAGAUAUAAAAGGUCAAAUAUCAGAAAAAGUUAAAAUUGUAUUUUUACAAAUUACCAACGUAUUUGUUAUUAUUAUUAAAACAUUAAACGGUAGAGUAUAUUUAAAUGACAACCUCGAAAUAAGUAAUAUAAUAAAAAAAAAUAAAAUAACUCCAUUAAAUAAAAUCGAACUAUUUUUCUUAUUAUACAAAUUAUAUGAACAACAAAAAACUGAAACAGAAAAUAGUAAAAAAAAGAAAAAAAAUAUAAAAAAAAAAAAAUUAAAAAAUAAAAUAACAAAUGAACAAAAUGAAUUAAUGGAAGAAAUUCAAAGAAAUAUACUCAAAAUUUAUUACACAAAAUAUUGUGAAAAUAUUUUCAAACAAAAUGACAUUUAUUUUAAUGAAAAAAGACAAGAUAAUUUAGACGAGACAAAUAUAGAAAACCUAAACUAUAAUAAUAAACUUAUAAAACAAACCGUAAUAACUAGUCCUGAUGAAUAUCCUAAUUUAAUAGGAAAAAAUAUAAAUAUUGUAAAUAAACAGCUAGAAAUGAAGAAAGAUCUAAUGUAUAUGCGAUCAGAUCAAGAUAAAUAUAAUGCACUAUUACAUAGAUACAUUAAUGAUAAUCAAAAUGCAAAUAUUAAUUCAAAAGUUAAUAAUGCUAGCCCAAUUCACCAAACUAAUAAUAACAUAACUACCAAAUUAAAUCCUGAACAAAUAGACCUCGAUAAAUAUGAUACUACACAUUAUCAAAGAAUGGCUGAAAGAGAUGAAACAAAUUUAAAACGACAACAAGCUAUGUUAUAUGAAAGUAAAGAAAAUAUAAAUAAAGGUAAUAACGCUUUAGUUGAUGGACGAAGUAAUAAUAAUUGUAUCGAACCAGAUGGAAAUGAUUUCAUGAAUAACAAUGGUAUUAGAAAUUUAAUUAAAAGUUAUUCUUAUAAUAAUAUAGACACUAAUUUAUCACAAGAAUAUAUAAAUAAUGCAAGACAAUCAAUAAAUAAUAAUUAUUAUACUGUAGAAAAUAUUCAAAAUAAAUUCUUAGAUAUAGAUAAUGGAAAAAAUUUUGUUAAUAUAAAUGAAAAUAAAAAAUUAUUUAACACACCUAAUGAAAGUUUUAUGGAUCCAUUUGUAAAAGGAAAUCAAAAUGACAUGUUCAUAAAUAAAGGAAAUAAUUCAAUUAUGGUGAAACCAGGAAAAGUUAAUAUGGUAAGAACACCUAACGAAAUAAAUGCAUCAACAAAAAUACAAGACAUGAACAGAAUAAAUAUUGAUGGAACUUCAAAUAUGGAAGAAAAUGUAUAUAAAAAUUUUGUUAAUGAAAUUGAACAAAUAAAAAUUGAAACAAAAAAAUGUGAUGAAAAUUAUGAAAAAGAAAUGUUAGAAAUUAAAAAAAUUAAAAAUGAAAUAAAAUAUAUUAAAGAAAAUAAAACAAAUGAAGAAAUAUGUCAAAAAUUUGCAGAUAUAAAUAUAAAUAAUUUUACUGUUAUAUUAUUAAAUUCAUAUAAAAUAUAUGGUUUAAAUCUUUUCAUAAAACUAUUAGUAUAUGAUAAUAAUAUCCCACACUUUAAUGAAUUUAAAAAACAAGAUGAAGCAAAUAUUGAGUUCUUUAUCAACUUAUCCAUUGAUAAAAUAUUUGAUCAAUUACUAUUAAAUAAUACAAUAUCAAAUAUUAAUAUUAAAAAAUUAAAAGAAAAAUUUAUACAAGGACAAACAGCUUUUGAAUCUAUUCGUAAAGAUGCUGAUAAAAUUAUUGAAGAAAAUAUUAAAGAACAAAAUUUUAUAUAUAUAUUUUGGAGACAUACUUAUAUACAUGAUAUAUAUGAAAGAAAACAAAUUAUUUAUGACUUCCUAAUUAAACUUAUAGAUAAAACUAUUGAAAAAUAUAUAAUUGUUGAAUAUAUUAAUAUAAGACGAAAUGAUAUAUAUGAACAAAUGUAUAAAUUGUUAAAUAAAAAUCAAAAUGCUACAAAUAAUAUAAAUCAUAUCUCUUUCAAUCCACAAUAUAAUGAUAAUAUAAAUUCAGACACAAUCUUAUCUCAUAAUAAUUUUAUGUAUAGUAAUACUAAAUCUGUUCAAAACAUAUUCCAAAAAGUUCCAUCACAUAAUAUAAGACCUGAUAGCAACAAUUCAAAUGUUCUACAUCAUUUAAAUUUAAAACAUGUUAGAGAUCCUAAAUUAGAUGCACGAGAUUCAAUUCAAAAUUUCUAUUUUUCAAAUGAAUUUAAUCUAGAUAAAAAAAACAAAGAAAAUAUUAUCGCAAAUAAUAAUAAAAUAAAUGAAAAUCCAUUUUUUAUUAAAGCAAACUACAAUACUACCACUAACACAAACACAAACAUAAAUAAUCUUCUUUUUGAAAACUAUAAUUUAGAUAAAAGAAAUAAUUAUUAUGAUCAACCAAAUGUAAAAGGAAGAAACUAUCGUGAAUCCAUAGAUUCUAAAGAUCGAAACUAUCAUUCCAUGUCCUAUCCUAAUAUCCUUGAAGCUGAUAAAUCAUGUUCAAAUACAUUUAAUGAAAAUAGAAAUGAAACACAAAGUAGUAUAUAUAGCAACCACAAUAACACAAUUAAUAGAACCCAUAGUAGUAAUAAUAAUAGACUAACAUAUGAUCCUAAAAAUAUAGAAGAUGUAGCUAGAAGUAUGAGUAAUCAUAAUAUAUUUGACAAAAAUAAAUUAAAAAAUAAUGAAUCAUUUAAUAAUACACCAAACUCAUUAUAUCUAAAAAAUAAAUUUAGAAAUGAAACACAUGGUAUACGAAUAAAUAAUAAUUUAAAAACAAAUUCUUUUAGUGCAUAUAAUAUGAACUAUUAUUUACAUAAUAAUCAACAAAAUGAAGAAAAACAUAAUAUUAUAAAUAAUAAUAAAAAUAUAGAUCCUAAUACAAAUUUUAUCAAAUGCAAUUAUAUGGAUGGCGAAAAUAUUGAACAUAGACAACACUAUUUAAGUUCCUCUACUGAUGUAAAUCAAAAAAGUGCUAAUCAUAUUAUAAAUGAACAUAAUAAAAUAGGAAAAUUUAAUACUGGGCAAAUGUUUAUAGACAAUUAUAAAUCAUCAGUACAACACUUUUUUAGUAACAAUAUGAGAGAUGUAAAUUUAUUAAAGAAAGUAAAUCAACAUGAUGAAAUAUCAAAUGAUCUAACCAACUUAUCAAUAAAAAAAAAAGAUCAAUAUAUAUUUUAUGACAAUAAUGUUAAAUCGAAUGAAGAAAAUGUAGCUGAAAAAAAUGUUAAUAAUAAUGAUAGCCAAUUUAUUGAUAAACGACUAGCCAAUGAUACGGAUAGUGCAACAACUACUUUAGAAAAUAAUAUCAAAAAUAAUUAUUCAAAAAAAUUUAAAAAUAUGAUGGCAAAUGUUUUUUAUAAAAAUAAUUUAGAUAAAACAAUAGAUGAUGGUCCGAAUGCUACAAAUAACACAAUGAAUAAUUAUGAUGUAUUAGGAUCCAGAGCUUUUGAUGAUUUAAAAAAAAUUAUGAACCAAAAUUCUAUAAAAAAAAUAAAUGUUAAUGAUGAUAUUAUGACAUCAAACCAAAAUGAAUAUAAUAAAAAUAAAAUAAAUGAUAAUCAUUCACCUAUUAAUAAAAAUGGACCUUCAGAUCCAAAUGAUAAAUGCUUAGAAUUGUUCAACAGUAUAACUAGCCAUUUUACAUUAUCAAAUAAUUUAAUAAAUAAAAAAAAUAAUAUAGCUAGCGAAUAUAAAGAUAUUGGAGAUGAAAAAGAAGAAUCGAUAUUAAGUAACAACACGGAUACAUUAAUGCAAUAUAAUAGAUUAUAUAAAGGAAAUGAAAAUUUAGUUAGACAAAAUAGUGUUGAAAGAAAUAUAGAAACACGGGGACAAAAUAUUCCUAUGGCUAGCUAUAUCGAAAAUAAUAAUAGUAAUAAUAUGAACAUGGUCAGGCGAAAUGCAAAUAAUAGUAAUAACAUUUUAAAUACUAAUGCCAAUAUCAAUAAUAUACACCAUUUUAAAUAUUCAAAUGUAUUUAAAAAUAAUCCUAAUUAUGAAAAUGAUAAUAUAAAAGCUCCUAGUGAAUCAAAUAUUAUUAACAUACUAGCCGAAUUAAAUAAUAGCCAAAAUAAUUCAAAAAAUAUACGGAAUGAAACAUCAAAUAUGGAAUCAUUAUCACAUACUGUUGACAAUUUAUCACACAUUAAUAAUAGAAAUUCUCAUACUAAUUUUGAUAUAUUAAAUAGAGAUAAUGCACAAAUAAUUGCAGAACAAAGAAAAAUAAAUGAUACUAUUAGAAAUUCUAAUGGCUCACCAGGGGGAAAUAUUAACAUGAACGAGUCAGGUAUUAUAAUGGAUUCAAUCGGAACAAAUCAUCCUAAUUAUAAUAACUUAUAUGAUAAUAAUAAUAAUUCAUAUUUUUUUAAAAAAUAUUUCGGAAUUAAUUCACAAGCAAAUUUUGAAAAAGAAGAAAACCAACGCAUAAAUACUAACGACCAUCUAAAACAAAGAAAUUUUAUACAACCUAAAGAUAUAAUAACUAAUGAUAGCAUAGGAAAUGGAAAUGAAAACAUUCGAAGAGUACCAUGUAAUGAAAUAAAUAUAAAUAAUUUUAAUAGAAAUUUAAAUAAAGACCAUAUAAAUAAAUACACUAGUUCUUGUUCCGAUAUUAAAAGUAUAUAUCAAGAGGAUGAUGAUUAUAUAAAUAAUAAAUAUGACCAAGUAGAUUCUAGUCCCAUUAGCCAAAAAUAUUUAAGCAAAUCUUUUUCUAAUUUAGAUGCACUACAAAAAUAUAAAGAUUCCGAUGAAAACACUCAACAACUAUUACGUAUGCUUGCAAACCAAAGAAAUGAAAUGACAAACACAAACACAAAUGAUAAUGAAAAAAAUUAUAGAAACAUCAGGAGUAGUAGCCUUCAUAGUAACAGUGGAUAUUCCUAUAUGCACCACAAAAAUAGUAACAUAAAUAUCGGACAAGAUGAAAAUAUAUUAAACACUGCUAUUGGAAAUAAUCCAUUAUUUAACGGAUCAAAUAAUACCUCACAAAAUAUGAAUCACAAUUUUGAUAUGAACAAUUUCCCACUAUAUAUGAAUAAAAAUAUGAUGGAUUUUAAUGUAAAUAAAAAUAAACAAAUAAAUAAUAAUAACAAUUUCGAUUUUAAAAAUAAUAAAGAUAUAUAUAUGAAUAAUAAUGGUCAUGUGUUUUUUCAAACCCCCAACAAUGCCGUGAAUGCAAAUAGAUAUAUUGAUAUUAACUGUGGUAAUAAUAAUGUUUAUAAUGAAACUAACUAUAAAAAAUCAAACUCCAAUGAUAAUUCAAAUUAUUUAGGAUUUAAAGAAACACGAACAGAUGGUCAUGAUGGUAGUAACAAUAAUAGCACAAAAGGUGGUGAGGAAAAUGAAAAUAAAAAUUCUAGUAAUGCCAAUAAAAAUGAACAAAAUACUGGCAAAAAUAAAAGUAAUAAGAAAGGUGAAAAAAACAAGUAA